AUGUUUGCUGCCAUCGCCUCCGGGAACCCCUUACAAUUAUCCACUGAAGUACCUAAUUCUAAUGGUUUGCAGCAUACAAUAGUAUUAUCAUCAACAAAGCCAAAAUCAUACUCACAUAUCACUUUGUUUAUACUACCAAACGUAACAUUCCCUCAGGAAUUCCUUGCGACAGUGUAUUUUAAACUAAAUCCAGCGGAGGACUUCAAAUUAUUUGGAUACUUGGGUAAUGAGAAACCGAGUGCAAUUUUUAAGGUAAAACUUCCACAGGCCAAUGUUGGGAAUGGUGUGACAGCUAACCCUUCAGAUGGAUUAGGUGAAAUUGAUAUGGAAGACGAUGUAAUGACAGAUGACCUCAAUGGUGCCAACGCAAAUCACAAUAUUUCGCAGUUAAUCAUAGGAAUUUCCAUUGAACCAAGAAAUGAUGCCACUGCCAAGCUUGAGCAGUGGAAAGCGGAGCAAGCUGCAUUGAGUUCGAGCGCUGGUGCCGGUGCAAUGGUACUAUCUAAGAAUUCUGUACAAAUCCUAACUGCAGGAGCUCUUGCGAAACAAUAUCCUGUGGUAACACAAGAAUUGGCUGCGAAGAUCGUUCAGCAUGCUUAUAAUUAUUUAACUGGAUUUGUCGAUGCUCAAGGGAACGUCUCCAUCAAAAGGUUUGAUACAUGGUGGGAAAAGUUCAGAGUAAGGUUGCAAAACGAUGCAACUUUCUUGGAUGAGGUUACAAAGGACUGA